CUUCUCCUCAUCUCUCACAUAAAUCCCCUACUUCACCAAGCCGCGAUUCCAUCCGUUUAAGAUAAACGUCUCCCAGCUUCUCGUUGCAACACACAUCUUUCUCUCCACGGAACAAUCGCUUUAAUACAAUCGCAAGAUGUCGGGCUUCGCCGGAUCCCCCCCACCUCCGCAAGGAAACUACUACCCCCCACCCCCCGAAAAGGCGCAAUACGGCCAGCAGCAACAGCAAUACCCACCGCCGCCUGGCACGCCAGUCCAUCAGCAGCCACAGCAAGGCUACUAUCCUCCCCCACCUCAGCAGCCACAGUCCCCCCAACAGGGCCAAUACCCGCCACCUCCACAGCCGCAGCAAGGCCAGUAUCCUCCGCCCCCCAACACAGGCGCCGCACCGAUCUCCCACCCUCCGUCGAUUACGAAAACCGCCUUUGACCCCUCGCACUCCGCCAUUCCUCCACCAGCACCGCAACAGACGCCCGCGCAGGGAAACAACACGGUCACGGACACAAUCGGCAGCUUUAACGGCGGCAGCUACCGCAUCGACCACCGAGACACCAACACGCUUCUCACACUCCAGCUCGCCCACGGAUGUCCCAUCCAGGCCAAGCCCGGCGCGAUGGUGGCCAUGUCGCCCUCAGUCACGCUCAAGGGCCAGGUGAAAUUCUCGUUCAAAAAGCUCAUCGCCGGGGGUGAUUUCGCGCAGUCGACCUACACUGGCCCGGGAGAGCUGCUGCUCGCCCCAGCGGCGCUGGGCGAUAUCGUUCCGAUCAGACUCGACGGCCAGCAGACGUGGAAUGUGGGCCGUGACGCGUUUCUGGCAUGCACCCAGGGCGUACAGAAGGACUACAAGACUCAGGGACUGGGCAAGGCCAUGUUCUCGGGCGAGGGGCUGUUCGUCUACAAGAUCUUCGGGCAGGGAGUCCUAUUCGUCACCUCGCUCGGCGCAAUCAUCCAGAAAAAUAUGGCACCAGGAGAACAGUACAUCGUCGACAACGAGCACCUCGUCGCGUGGAACUCGAAGUACACCAUCGAGCGUAUCGCCAGUGGAGGCGUGCUCUCGGGCAUGGCGUCUGCUGAGGGCCUGGUGUGUAGGUUUACGGGCCCGGGAACCGUCUUCAUCCAGACCAGGAAUCCGACCGCGUUUGGCGCCUGGAUGGCGACGCAUAUGACCGCGCAGUGACGGUGAUAGUGAGGGCGAAGGGGAGUGAUUGAUAUGAUACGAUGUGAUGUGAUGAUGAUACCUUGGUUUGGUCUUUUGUAAGCGGGGGGGUUGGAGAAUGCGUACUGCAGGGCGAGGGGGGGCGAGGGGGCUGGCACUAUCAUUAAAAUGGUCAUAGCCGUGUGUAUUCUUAAUCAUGGCCUGUCAACUCCAACUCUUGGAACUUUUGAACUCUUAUAGUCACCUACAUCACCCGUAAGUGAAGUAGGGUGGCUGCAUGCAGUGAAUGAGGAAACUGAUGUCAAGUACAAAUAUUGAUAUUCACGAC